AAAAUACAACAAAAGGAAUAGAUACUCUCACACUCUCUCUCUCUCUCCGUCGAAUCCGUUAUCCAGCUCCGCCGACAGCAGCAGCAGCACCGCAUCGCUGCGCCUUUCUAAAUCACUCUCAUUCCCUCUUCCUGUAGAUACCUGUUAGGAGGGUCCUUGUUACAGAUACGUAGAAGUAGUGAAGAUGAGCAGCGGCAAGAAAACUGGUCCUCCCAAACAUCAGAACAAAAUUGCUUGGAAACCUAAUGCUGGUAUCAAGAUCAACGAAACUGAAGUUGGAGGAAGAUUUAGACCUUUAUCAGAGAUAACUGGAGUGUGCCCUCGCUGUAAGGAACAAAUUGAUUGGAAACGACGUUAUGGAAAAUACAAGCCUCUUCAGGAACCUGCUAAAUGUCAAAGAUGUUCAAAGCGGGCUGUUCGCCAAGCUUACCAUAAUCUGUGUUUUGCUUGUGCCAAGGAGCAUCGUGUUUGCGCAAAGUGUUGUUGCCGUGUGGAGCGUAUAGUUGGAAGGGAUGUUUCAGAAGUUGAGGCUGAGCAAAAGAUGCUUGAGGAGGCCAUUAAGAAUGCUAGCGAGAGAGAAAGGAGAUCCCUAUUGCGUGCUAUGAACAACAAAGGAAAAUCUAAGAGUUCAACUGAUACUCCGACAGAUACAAAAGACAACAAAGUAGGACAAUUAUUUCCAAAUUCUUCCCUGGAAGAUUAUGCCAAAAAGAAUGGAGUUGUCGGGAAACGUAAUGAUGGUUGUGAUAGUAAACAUGAUAAUGAUGAUGAAAGUGAGGAGGAAGUUUAUGAUGACGAAGAUGAUAAUGACAGUCCGGAUGAAGAUUGUGAUGAGGAUGACAAAGACAACGAUGAGAAAGUUGCAGAUCAAACGGAUGCCAAGAAGGAAUGAUCAAGGAUAUUUCAGUAUGUCAAUUUUGCAGAAAUUACAUUGUAGGCAUACUCACUUCUUUGCAGUUUGUUUUUGGAAUAUUUAUUACUAGAUUUUGGGUGAUUCUUUUUUUGCCGAAUACAAAUUUUGGAUUUUAUCAUUGUUCUGUCAACCUAAACGUAACCAAAAUAGAUGUCAUGUUACACUUAAGAGAUUUGUAUGAAAUAUGUUAUGUUAUUGUUCAA